CGCAAUCGAGCAUUGUAGAUUAUACAUUGAGAAUGCUCAACUCUGAUUGGUCGAUUCGCUGCAAUUGCGUUGCUUACUCUUUUUUUACGUGUUCCAAGUCCUCAAUUUUGCUCUGAAAUUUUUUAUUAGGGACAUAAGACGUAUAAUUGUCGAGAACUAUACUUGGGAAAAGUCAAAUCCUUUUGUUUUGAUUGAGCUUUCGAACAAAUCAGCGCUGUUUUGAAAACUGAUAAUGUUAUAAGUGUUUUUAUACAAUCGAGCUGAAUUUUUUAAAGAUAAUGAGCUCAUCUGAGAAAGAAAACGACAACUUACUUAAGGAUGAGUGGGUGGUGAAGCUGGAGGAAAGCGCCUAUAUGCAAAAACUGUCAAUGAAUAACCUGAUCAUGAAUUAUCUGGUGACAGAAGGAUUCAAGGAAGCUGCUGAGAAGUUCCAACAGGAAUCGGGAGUGGGUCCAACAGUAGAAUUGAGCUCUUUGGAUGAGAGGAUUCGUAUUCGAGACGCCAUACAAAAUGGUCGUAUUCAAGAAGCCACGAAUUUGGUGAACCAAUUGCAUCCUGAAUUGUUGGAUAAUGAUAGAUAUCUCUAUUUUCAUUUGCAACAAUUGCACUUGAUAGAAUUGAUACGCACUGGUAGAGUCGAGGAAGCACUGCAGUUUGCGCAGGAUCAACUCAGCGAAGCUGGAGAAUCAGACGAUAAUAUAUUAUGCGAGUUAGAACGUACCUUGGCAUUGUUGGCUUUUGAUGAACCGCAUAAGAGUCCUUUUAGUGAUCUUUUACAUCCAACACAUAGACAAAAAAUUGCAAGCGAGUUGAAUGCUGCUAUAUUGAAGAUGGAGCACAGAGAAUCAACUAGUCCUCGGCUCAGUAACUUGUUAAAAAUGAUACUGUGGGCUCAAGAUGAAUUAGAUAAGAAAAAAGUGAAAUACUCUAAAAUGACUGAUUUAGGAAGUGCUACUAUUGAGCAAAAGUAAUGUUGUAAUAAGUAAAGACUGAGAUAACUUCUCAGUUUUAUUUAUAGAUAAGAUAAAUAUUUGAAAUUGACUUUAAAAUUAAUUAAUUAAUUUUAUGUAAAUUGUCAUUAAUAUUUAGUAGAAAAUUAUAUCUAAAUUUUAAUCUUAAAACAAUUUUAAACAAUUGAAAUUUAGAGAAAUAAGAAUAGAAUUAUUAAUGUAUUAAUUAUAAAAUAUAAAAAUAUAAUAGUUAUCACAUUAUUAUAAUUGUUGUAACAAAUAGGAAUUAUUGUAAUUUUUUUUCAUUUAUUUUCUGUAAUUUAACAUUAAUAUAGUAUAAAAAGAUCUGGUAAAAUUAUAAUUUCAAGUUUCCUAUAGAAUUAACAACAUUAUUUAUUAGUAAUAUAUGUAUAAUAUCCAAAAAAGACAUUAAUCUUAUAUAUCAAUAAAUGUCUCUGACUUUUAGCCAUUCUGUAUAAUUAAAAAGAUAUGUACACACAAAUGCAAUAUAAUAUGGAUAUUGUGAUAAUGUAUUUGAAAAAAAUAAUAGACAUAUUCAUUAUAUCAUAGA